UGUUGGCGUGUAGACGCCCGGGCGGUUCCGGUGGCGGCGGCGGAUGCCGUGGCUCUGGGGGUCGGUGCGGAGAAGAAGCCCCUCAGUCUUUGGGUCCCUCCCGCGUUGCGCCGUCGGCUCAGUGUGAAGUGAGGAGGAAGCGCGGCUGGACGGCGCGGAGUUUCCUUUUGCACAGUGGGAUAGGGGAGCAGGGAAGAGCAGAGUGCCAUACCCAUGAACUGAUGGCUUGAGGACAGAGGUGAGCCGGGGUCUGGGAGACAAGGAUGGCUGAGAAGUUAAUGAUACACGCUACGGCGCAUCCUCUGCUGAAUCUCAGGAACUUCCCUCUCGAUUCUUUCCUGCCCUUGGUGUGCACUGAAUGGUUCCUUCUCUUCACGGUGGUCUCACGUCUGAAACAUGGCUAUGGAGUGGCUGGGCAGUAUUGUUUCCAUCAACUGUGGCGAUAGCUUGGGUGUCUAUCAGGGAAGAGUGUCAGCGGUGGAUCAGGUCAGCCAGACCAUUUCUCUGACCCGGCCUUUCCACAAUGGAGUGAAGUGCCUUGUGCCAGAAGUCACCUUCAGGGCAGCUGACAUUACGGAAUUAAAAAUCCUGGAGAUACCAGGUCCUGGAGACAGCCAACAUUUUGGAGAUCUUCAUCAGACAGAAGUAGGCUCCUCUGGUGUUGGGUAUCAAGUGGGUAUCAACCAGAAUGGCAUGGGCAAGUUGGUCAAGAAGCCAGCCUCCUCCAGUGCCCCUCAGAACAUCCCUAAGAGGACAGAUAUGAAGGGCCAAGAUGUUGCCAUCUCCCCACAGCAGCAACAGUGCUCAAAAAGCUAUGUGGACAGGCACAUGGAAUCCUUGAGUCAAUCCAAAGGUUUCCGUCGUCGGCACAACUCUUGGUCAUCUAGUAGCAGGCACCCAAAUCAGGCAACUCCAAAGAAAAGUGGCAUAAAGAAUGGCCAAAUGAAGAAUAAAGAUGACGAGUGCUUCGGGGAUGAUAUUGAGGAGAUCCCAGACACAGAUUUCGAUUUCGAAGGGAACCUGGCCCUUUUUGACAAGGCAGCUGUGUUUGAGGAGAUUGACACCUAUGAGAGGAGAAGUGGUACCCGUUCCCGGGGCAUCCCAAAUGAAAAGCCUACUCGGUACCGCCAUGAUGAGAACAUCCUGGAGUCGGAGCCCAUUGUUUAUCGAAGGAUCACAGUGCCUCACAACGUGAGCAAGGAGUUCUGCACGGAUUCUGGCUUGGUUGUCCCAAGUAUUUCCUAUGAGCUGCAUAAAAAGCUGUUGUCUGUGGCUGAGAAACAUGGGCUGACUCUGGAGCGAAGACUGGAGAUGACAGGUGUCUGUGCCAGUCAGAUGGCACUGACCCUACUCGGAGGACCCAACAGAUUGAAUCCCAAAAAUGUUCACCAGAGGCCUACAGUGGCCCUGCUAUGUGGACCCCAUGCAAAGGGGGCUCAGGGUAUCAGCUGUGGAAGGCACCUAGCUAACCACGAUGUCCAGGUCAUCCUCUUCCUGCCCAAUUUUGUCAAGAUGCUGGAGUCCAUCACCAACGAGCUCUCUCUCUUUAGCAAGACCCAAGGCCAACAAGUAUCUAGCCUCAAAGACCUGCCCACCAGCCCUGUGGACCUGGUGAUCAAUUGCCUGGAUUGCCCUGAGAACGCCUUCUUGCGGGAUCAGCCCUGGUACAAGGCAGCCGUGGCCUGGGCCAACCAGAACCGGGCACCGGUGCUCAGCAUAGACCCUCCUGUGCACGAAGGUGAACAGGGCAUCGAUGCCAAAUGGUCACUAGCGCUGGGCCUGCCUCUGCCGUUGGGGGAGCACGCAGGCCGCGUCUAUCUGUGUGACAUCGGCAUUCCCCAGCAGGUGUUCCAGGAGGUGGGCAUCAACUACCACUCGCCCUUUGGCUGCAAGUUUGUCAUCCCACUGCACUCUGCCUAGAGGGGCUUGGGGCAGGCUGGACCCGGCAGUCCCCUGCGGCCUCUGACACUGAACUUGACAACGAACGCCUUAAGGAUGUGAAGCAUCAUGGACCUUGUUGUUAAAUUUUUUUCUUUUGGAUAUGUUUCUUCUGUGAGAGAACACACAGAUUUAAAACUGAUCUGUCACCUGCCCGUAGCCUGGGAAGGCUUCCCCCCUGGGUGCGUGGGUGGGUGGCAAGCUGAGUACGCAGUGGCUGCGUGUCUGCCCUUGGCCCAUGGCAGGUCAGGCUUUGUUUACAGACAAAGGCAGCUCUCAGGCAGUGUUUCAGGUUUACAGCCACUGGGCCUGGGUGAGCGCCUGAGGGUGGGGCAGGGCCCAGGUGAGGGCCUGCACCUGCUGUGUUGUAGAGCUUGCAGUUUUGUCUCCUGGCUUCACCCAGCCCGGGCAGCCCUUCCUCUAAUCAUGUAGAACCAGCCAUGCUGCAGCUGUCCACUAGAGGGCAGACUUUCCAUCAUUCAUUUUGAGGGUGUGACUAGGUCUUCUCCAGCACCACCCCCCUGCCCCCCACAGGUUGAUUAGGGGUCUUUUGCCCCUUUCUCCAGAGUUGAUCCAAGUUUAUGCUGGAGUUUUUCCAAGGACCCUUCCUUCCUUUCCACUCCAUUUGUCUGAGAGGCAGGGAAGGGGGUGGCAUCAGGCUGGUGAUAUACUCUGUUGGGAUUUUCUUGUUUUUCUGUCGUUUUCAGCAUCAGUAGUAUGAUGUUAUGUUACUGUAGAACCACCAUGUCCAUCCUGCCAGCAGGGCCCCUGCCUGUACCCGACGCCCUGUAGCCGGGGGCCAAGCCUUUGCCUAGUCUUGGGCCACAGGAUGCAGCUUUAAUGUUCAGUAUUGGGGAGGCCCCUAGGGGAGCCUGGUGCUGAGCCAGAAGAGGCUCCCUGGUGCUUCUGUCCUGGGCCACCCCCACUCUGUUCUGCCCCCUCUGCCCUUCACCUGAAAUGGCCCUCUGUAGCUGUCACCCCGGCAGGGUGCAUACCCUUCCCCUGUCUGGGCUUUGAACCCUCAUCCGGUGUCCACACUAGAUGAGUAGGCUUGGGGGCCAGUACCCUAGCUCAGAUGCCAAAACGAGGCUAGUUCUGGAUGAACUAGCUGAGGGGCUCAGCCAUAGAACACACACACUGCUGCUCAGAUCCAAAGGACUGAGCCCUGGCACCAUCACAGGCCUCGGCCCUCAAGGCUGGCGGGACAGGAGCCAUGCCGUGGGAACCAUCCUCCACAAGGGUUUGUGCUUUAAAGCCUUUUCCAGGGCUUCAGAUUGCCUUCUGCCCUGAGCCCACCCACUCUGGCUAACGGGAGAGGGCUCACCAAGGAUUGUGGACACAGGGUGGACCCGGUAUCACGGGUUUCAGGCUGUCACUUUUCUUAUAGGAGCAUAGCCAGGAGCAAAUGAGGAAGGGCAGGGAGGGCUGGUCCCUCCUUUCCUCCCAUCCUCCCUUAAACGUUAAACUGUCUCCAGCAGUGGGAGGAGGACAGGGACUAUGGGCCCUGUGCUGGGCAUCCCCCAUGAGCCUCUGCUCAUUCUCAGGGCCAACAAGCCCGAAUGAUGGGGCCCUGUGUGUAGAGGCAGGGCCACAGUCCAAGGAACACGGCUGGAUAGCAGGCAUCUUGAUAGGCAACAGUGAAACAGCUCUGGCUGCCCAACAGUUAGGCCCCCCGAUUGGGUACAUUGGAAAACGAGUAGGAAGAAACCCUGCCCAGAAGACUCUGCUUGCUUCAGUAAGCUGCAGUGGACCUCGGGGUGAUGGCCCAGUUGAAGGGCCAGUGGGAGUUUGUGCCCAAGCCUCUCCCUCUUCUUUUUCCCCAGGUGGCAGAGGGGCUUCCCCCUGCCCUCAGCCUCAGCCUCCUCCAGUGGUAUUAAAGAUAAGCACGACUCC